CGUCGGCCCACCCGUGCGGUCCCGCCCCCCUUGGCCGGCCCUGCCCCCGGCGCCCCCAGCGUCCGCCAUGGCCAAAGCCUACGACCACCUCUUCAAGUUGCUGCUGAUCGGGGACUCGGGGGUGGGCAAGACGUGUCUGAUCAUCCGCUUCGCCGAGGACAGCUUCAACAGCACCUACAUCUCCACCAUCGGAAUCGACUUUAAGAUCCGCACUGUGGACAUCGACGGCAAGAAGAUCAAACUGCAGGUCUGGGACACGGCUGGCCAAGAGCGAUUCAAGACGAUCACUACUGCCUAUUACCGCGGAGCCAUGGGCAUCAUCCUAGUGUACGACAUCACUGAUGAGAAAUCCUUCGAGAAUAUUCAGAACUGGAUGAAGAGCAUCAAAGAGAAUGCCUCUGCGGGGGUGGAGCGCCUCCUGCUGGGGAACAAGUGUGACAUGGAGGCCAAGAGGAAGGUGCCCAAGGAGCAGGCCACCAAGCUGGCCCAAGAGCACGGCAUCCGGUUUUUCGAGACAAGCGCCAAAUCCAGUGUGAACGUGGAUGAGGCCUUCAGUUCCCUGGCCCGGGACAUCUUGCUCAAGUCUGGAGGCCGCAAAUCGGGAAACAGCAGCAAGUCCCCGGGCACAGAGCUGAAACCCAGCGACAAGAAGGGCACCAGCAAGUGCUCCCUGGGCUGACCACCUGGCGGGCCGCCCCCGCCGCCGCACGCCGGGUGGGCCACUGCACGUCGGUGGGCGCGGGGGCUGAGGGCCUACGAGGGCUUGGUGGAGAGGAGGAAAGGAAGAAGGAGAGAGCGAAGGGAGAAAAGCUUCAAAGGGAACGGGAGGCGGGAGCAGGGAGCAGGAAGGUCUGAGGAAGUGAAGGAAGGUGAGGAGUUGGAAGGAGGGAGGCAGAGGUGGCCCGGCCUCAGCCCUUCCGGGGCUACAGGGCACACGCCCAUGUAAAGGUGUCCACUGAGGCUGGGGGCGGGUGAGGGCGCGGGGGCUGGGAGAGGCCGGCUGGGUGCCCACCUGACAGCACGGUCCCUCUGCACAGCCCCCGUCGGCAUUAAAGACCCCCAGUUGGCAUAAA